ACAUGAAAUCAGUACAUACGUGGACUAAUCACUUUUAACUGAUAACUCAUGGCCCCUUAUCAUAUCAAGCGAUAUCACAGAACACUUAGAAACUAUAUAAAUAAGUAAUCUAUAUCAGAUAUCGCUGUGUUGUUGGACAAUUAGUGACAGUUGCAACAAAGAUGAAAUACCUGCUAGCAUUCGCCCUCGUCGCCGUGGCCGCGGCGCUCCCCGAGCCCGUGCGUCUGCCGCAGCCCGCGCUGCCCGAAGUCGCACCCCUGCUGAUCCCCCAACCUGUCGCGUCUCCACUCAAAUUUGUCGACGCCCCUAAAGCCGCCGCACCCGUAGAGGCAGUAAAGGUUGUCGACGCUCCCGUUGAAGCCGUCCCUGCCGACUUCACCCUCAACUUCGUUGAUGUAGCCCCAGAGAUCGCCGAAGCUCCCGUGGACAACUUCGCCGUCAAAAUCGUUGAUAACGCUGACGUAGAUGUUGCCGCUGAGAUCGCUGACGCUCCAGUGGAAAACUUAGCUGUCAAAAUCGUUGAUAACGCUGACGUCGAUGUGGCCGCUGACAUCGCCAAGGCUCCAGUGGAAAACUUAGCUGUCAAAAUCGUUGAUAUCGCUGAUGUUGACGAAGAGACCCCCUCCCACAUCCCCAUCGAUACCCCCUUCCAAAUUAAGAUUGUGGAUAUGCCCCUCCCUGACUCAGUAGCGAUGCCUCUCCUAGAGCCUGUGAAGAUUGCAGAUGCCCCCAUAGAGAGCAAUGACUUUGCAGUUAAGUUUGUGGAUGUGGCUCCUGAGGUUCCCGUCAACAUGCUACCUAAGGGUUACCCUGACCCAAUGUGGCGUUAAGAAUAGUUUAUUUUUAAAUUUCAGGGUUUACCAAUAACAGUGUAGGAUUUUUUACGUUGUUUUGUAAUGAUUAUGAAUCAUCUUUUUGUUUCAUAUUUUCUAAAGAAAAUAAACAUCCAAAGACAACAAGA